CAAGUUCACGACGAACUGAGUUGUACCGGUUGGGAAUUAUUACAAUUAUUUGCAUAGAACUUUUAAACAACGUAAAUUGUUAUUGCUCUUCUAUUUCCACACAUAAACCCACUAUGGCAGACGUAGAAAACAAGGAAGAUCUCGUCGAAGACGGAAAAAACAAAAUGAAUGUUAAAUGCAAAUUCUGCAGCUCUAAAAUUCUAGACAAAAAAUCGGCUAAUUAUAUCACGCAAGAGAUGGCAUUGCCUUUGAUGCAGCAAGACAAUAACCGGAAGGAGGGUGAGAUUCAGAAUGAAACAGUGAGCGAGUUCUAUCAUGUAGAAAACAUGUAUACAUUCGAAAACAUCGGUUUUACACACACAGUUGACAACUACAAAUAUUUGAGUUGUGCAGACUGUGAUGCUGGGCCAGUGGGGUACUACGACAUGAAUACUAAGCAGAGCUAUGUCGCGUUGUCGAGAAUUGUACAUUCCUAGGAAUUUGUAGUUAAUAAAAAUUUGAUACUAACAGUGCAUUUCACACUUACGAAGUGCUUUUGCUUUGUAUGACAAGUACUUCAACAUUAUCAGACACAUAAUCAUAGUCUUAGUGUUUUCAGAAGUAUUAGAAAAAUCAUUUCCUAGGAGAUUCUUGUGGAAUGCCUCUAAUGCCCAUCUUGAAAUUGAUGGAAAGAGAAUUGUAUUCAAAGCUUAUACUUACAUAUGAUUCUGAUUGUCAUAUGAUGCUGAAUUUUGAUGAUUGCAAAUGAAAUAUUUAGUGUAUAUUACGGUGGAGCGAAAAAACACUUUUCUGGAAUUAGCAAACCUAAUAGUUAUCAAUCAAUGCCCCUUAGUCUAUGAAGCCUUUGUGCAAAUUUUCAGCUUCUUAAAUCAACAUCUUCU